AGUGAGUUUACCCCUAUGAGACGGUGAGAGGCCCGGGGCCUACCUCAAAGGAGCGGGGUCGCGGCACCGGCUUGCAGCGGGCCCCCUCCCGGUUCCCGGGCCCGGCGGCUCGGCGGCGGCUCGGUUGUGAGGAGGCGGGGAAGUGGGUGUCUGGCCCCCGCCAUGGAGGGUAUGGACGUGGACCUGGACCCCGAGCUGAUGCAGAAGUUCAGCUGCUUGGGCACCACCGACAAGGACGUGCUUAUCUCCGAGUUCCAGCGACUGCUCGGCUUCCAGCUCAACCCGGCCGGCUGCGCCUUCUUCCUGGACAUGACCAACUGGAACCUACAAGCAGCAAUUGGCGCUUACUAUGACUUCGAGAGCCCAAACAUCACUGUGCCCUCUAUGUCCUUUGUUGAAGAUGUCACCAUAGGAGAAGGAGAGUCGAUACCACCAGAUACUCAGUUUAUAAAAACGUGGAGGAUCCAGAAUUCUGAUGUCAUCUGGGUGAUUCUCAGUGUGGAGGUGGGUGGACUUUUAGGAGUAACGCAGCAGCUGUCAUCUUUUGAAACGGAGUUCAACACACAGCCACAUCGCAAGGUAGAAGGAAACUUCAACCCGUUUGCCUCUCCCCAAAAGAACCGACAAUCAGAUGAAAACAACCUAAAAGACCCUGGGGGUUCCGAGUUCGACUCGAUCAGCAAAAACACAUGGGCUCCUGCUCCAGACCAAACUGAGCAAGAUCAGAAUAGACUCUCACAGAACUCUGUAAAUCUAUCCCCCAACAGUCACUCAAACAACUUAUCAGUAGUGACUUACAGUAAGGGGCUCCACGGGCCUUACCCCUUCGGCCAGUCUUAAAUGGGUGUCUCAGCAAGAAGAAAAAUUAAAAGACAGAAGGCUUGACUUUGGGGGGGAGGGCAAGGGGUUCCUCUGGAUUGCAGACCACACCGCAUGGACCCCUGGCUCUGACCUCUCACCCGGAAGAAGAGGAAGAAGCAGAACAGACUAGUUUUGAGUAAACUCAGUAUGCAUGUGUGAAUGCUGAAUCACAGGAUUGGUGUUUGAGGCUACCAAGAAGAAAUCCAUGCAGCCACUUUGGGUUUUGUUUAUUAGGUGUCAGUUUAAUAAAUCAUUAGGUCACUCGGGAAGGGAAAGAAAGUUAAAACGGGGGAAAAAAAGCCAUCUUUUUAAACAAAAAUUAUUUUGCCUACAGAGAGGUUGCCAUUUUGAGCACAUGUUAAUUCCCCCUCCCUCUUUCCCCAUUUGUUUUUCUUUUAAAUAUGGGCUAUUGUACUCUUCAUAGAAUAGCUGCUUGCUCUGGAAGCGAUUCAGGCUUCAAAGCUAGAGUGGCAUGUUUUGGGACUCUGCGGGUCAGUGCUACCAGGGUCCAUCUGCCGAACCACAUGACUUGGGAUGUCCCUGACCCCAUUUGUGUGUAAUGGCAUCAGUCAGUGGGUUAUCACCCUUUUCCUCCUCCUUUUCCUUUUAAUCUUCUGUUGAUUUACACCUUUGACAUUUGUAUUCAUCAAGCCUGUGGCUUGUCAUCACCAUCAGGAGGACCUCUCUGAAGACCAGACUUCCCUGUGUGAUCAGCAGAGGAAGUCUUGAGGACAGAUCUCGGGUGAUACAGGAGAGUGUGAGGCCGAGAGGUGUCCUGUGUGCUCUUGGAAUGAUUCAAAUUGCUUUUCUUCC